AUACUUUUGGUUCUGAGAAGGCUGUAAAUAAAACAAAAUGGUUAUUUUAUUAUUGGGAGACUGAGAGAGAAAGAGAGGGAGAGAGAGAGAAAUGGCGAGAUUCGCGUUAGGUGGAGAUGAAGAUGGAGAAGGCGAAGGAUCCCGUAUUCCCAGGCCCAAGAAGCCUCGUCUCGCUCCUAAUCUCCUUCCUCAAUAUCCCGCAGCCCGCAUCGCCAUAAUCGAACAACAACCACCACAGCCACCGCAACCACAAUCGCAGCAGCUACGGACUGUUGAGGAAGAUGAAGAAGCAGAUGAAGAAUCCGAAGGAGAAGAAGAGGAGAGUGAAAGCGAAGUAGAAGCAGACGAAGAGAGUGAAGAAGAAGAUGAAGAUGAAGAAGAAGACGAGGAAGGAGAAGAAGAAAUCACCGUUGGCUUCGAACAGCAAGUCGGAAAUUCCUACCACAUACGGGUGCCGCGGACUAUCGACAGAUUUAACAGACCCGUUCGUUUGCUUGGUCAGAACCGCACAGCACAAGCCAACCCCCAAGUGGGUUCUGCUUCGGCCAGCCUUACAUCCAACGCCGGAGUCCAAGAGGGCGGUCCUCCUCCGAUCUCACACGUCACCGAUGGGUUGCUUGUUCGUUUGUUUGGUCAGAACCGCACAGCACAAGCCAACCCCCAAGUGGGUUCUGCUUCGGCCAGCCUUACAUCCAACGCCGGAGUCCAAGAGGGCGAUCCUCCUCCGAUCUCACCCGUCACCGAUGGGUCGCUUGUCUUCACCUUAGCCGACCCAGAAGUUCUUGAUUGCCUCAUUUGCUAUGAACCCUUGACCAUCCCUGUCUUCCAGUGUGAAAAUGGGCAUAUAGCUUGCUCCUCUUGCUGCACCAAGAGUAAAAAUAAAUGCCCCUCCUGUUCCAUGCCCAUUGGCUAUAAUCGUUGUCGGGCCAUUGAGAAGAUUCUGGAAUCAAUUAGAAUUUCAUGCCAAAACAUCAAGCAUGGCUGCAAAGAAAUGGUAACUUACAAUAAAAAAAAUGAACAUGAAAAGGCAUGUAUGUAUUCACCUUGUUCAUGCCCCCUUUCAGGCUGCAACUUUAUCUCUUCAAGCAAGCAGUUAUACCUACACUUCACCGUUAGUCAUGUGGAUUAUGCAACACGCUUCCAGUAUGGCAUCAAUUUUUCCAUCACCUUAAAUAUUAAGGACAAAUUUCUUGUUCUCCAAGAAAAGAGAGGAGGUGUAUUAUUUAUCCUUGACAAUCAUGCUGAAAAACUUGGAAAUUUAGUGUCGCUUCGUUGUAUUCAACCCACCUUCAAGGGAGGCUUCUACUAUGAUCUUCUUGCUAAAACCAACGGAAGUUCUCUCAGAUUCCAGUCCUUCACAAAGAACUCUGCAGGCCAGGUUAUUAGCCCAUCUUCAACAGGUUACUUUAUAAUCCCUACUGAUUUUUUCAGUUCUGGCAAGCUCAACAUGGAUCUCUGCAUAUGGCAUAAUGGUCGAUGCCCAGCAUCCUUUCAAAGUAUUGGUGUUGCUUAAAAUAAGUUGUACUAUCAAAGGAAUGGCAUUGUGCUGGAAAGGAUCUGGUGUUUUACAUAUUUAUAAAUGUCACAAAAGAUGCCUUUUUCUUUUCUUGUUGUGGACUUCACAUCUUGUUAUUUUACUGCACACACACAAACCACACACCAGUAUAAUGCCCAUAUGUUAUACCUCUUGGUAAAAUGGGCACUUAUGCUGAGUUGUAGCUUUACUGCACCCAUCUUUUCUGUAUAUACUUUUGUUGCGUGAUAAGAAAUAACGACACGGGAAAAGUUAGUGUUUAGUGUUGAA